AUAAUGGCAAGAACAGGUACACACCCGCCUGCCCAUUUUGUUUGUUUUUUCAACAGACAAGCAGAACUGAUGAGGUCCACUCUUAUUCCAUUAAUAGAAUAGCAAGGAAAGAGGCUGCUUUACAUACUUGUCAUUGACGUAGACUUUAUUCUAUUUGUACCCAAGACUCUGACUCAGUAUUGUUGAAGUCAGCCAAAUCUUUCCAUGGCUUCAGGUUGUUCUGAAAUAGUCUAUAAACCUAAAAGCCAAAGCUGCUUCUCACAAAGAAAACAAAACCUUUUUCUUUCAAUUUCUAAAAGAACUUAUGUUGUGGUGGAGCCUGUUGUUCAUGUCUAAUCAUGUUCAAUGGUGAUCAUUCCAUGCAUCAUAUAUUAAAGUGAAGUUACCUAGCAUUCAGUAUUUCCUUGAUUGCAUUUGGUUUGUCAACAAUUAUUUCAUUUAAAAUGGGUGGUGACAUUCUACCAUCCUUGUUUCCUCACUUGGCAAUUGGGAAUGAUAGGUAUGAAGACAUUGUAAACGUCAUCCAGGUAGCUAGAAAACCCUGAGUAUUUAAGUAGGUGAGACUAAAGACUGAUCUUCUUUUAGCUGUGGACAAAUAUGAGAUAGGCUGGACUAAAGAAAGAAGGACUUGAAAAGCUGAGGACAUGUGUUUUGGAAGGUGUACUAGGUGUAUUGGUUUUAAGUUGCUCAUCCUUGCCUUGCUCAGCAUUGUGGCCAAUAUUUUACUUUAUUUUCCCAAUGGUGAAACAAGAUUUGCUUCAGAGCAUCAUCUCAGCAAAUAUGUAGAGUGCCUUCAUGGCAUUCUAGGUGGAGGCCUUUUGGUACUCAUUCCAGCUGCAGUAUUCAUUGGGCUUCACAAUGAUGACUGCUGUGGGUGCUUUGGCCAUGAGAACUGUGGGAAAAGCUGUGCGAUGCUCUCCUCAGUUCUGGCAGCCUUUGUUGGGAUCCUUGGUUCUGGAUACUGUAUAAUCAUUUCAGCACUGGGCUUGUCUCACGGACCAUAUUGUUAUACUCAUGUAGAAAGAAACUGGAUCUAUCCUUUCACUGAAUCUUCUGGAGGGUACCUGUUUGAGUAUAACAAGUGGUCUAAAUGUCAAGAACCUCAAAACAUCGUUCAGUGGAAUGUCACUCUCUUUUCCAUUCUUCUUGUCCUGGGAGGAAUAGAGUUCAUCCUGUGCUUCAUACAGAUAAUCAAUGGCAUUCUUGGAGGAGUAUGUAGGCUGUGCUGCAGUCAUGAGGAGACGUUUGCUUGCUAGAAAACCUGAAAAUGGGUUGAUGUCAGUGCAUAUGCAUCACAUAUUGAGUAUUCUGUUCUGUUUUUUAUAUCAUUUGCAUAUUAAAAUGCACAUUGCUUGUUUUCAAACUAUGCUGUCACCAUCAAUUUAAGUGACUUGGGGUCAGCCUUUGUUGUUGGAGUCAUAUGCAGUUUUUCUAUUGACCUACCUGCAUCUAAAUACAAAAUAUAUCCUGAACAGCUUUGGUUCAUUUCAUAGUAGUACAGGCAACCGCCUGACCUUGGGUCAAUAAAUAUGCUUUUUUUUUUUUUCCUUUUUUUUUCUGACACAACAGCUCUGUACUUCAUGCUACUUUCCCAAUAAAGUUGCACUGUUAUUCUGAUGUUGGAAAAAAACAAACUGAAUCUAGUCUGGCCUGGAAAUGAAUGAAUACUCAGCUGGAACAAAAAUAAAGCAACAGUAAAAUGUGAGUGACCGAGGACUGGAACAUGUACUUCUUAUUUUUUUAAAGCAA